CGCCGCCGCGCCGCGCCGCUUCGUCGUUAGGCUCAGUUUUGCUUGGCAGGUGCGCGUCGCUAGACCUCCCGCUCGACCUUAUGUCAGACAUGGCUCCCCAGUGACCCCGUCAUGACUCUUCGUUCAGAAGUGAGUGACUUGACCCUGACCUUGACGCAGCCCCAGGCAGCUCCACUUCUACUCAAGCCGGAGAAUGUUACAGCGCAGGAAGGAGAUGACGUCAUACUGUCGAUACCUCUAGCUUCUGACAGUGGUGAACCUACAUCCAUCAUCUGGACGAGAGGUGAUGAUCAGCUGGUGGGAGAGAGGUUUAGCAGCUCGACACAGCGAGGUGCAGUCAACCUCACCGUGAGAAAUGCCACCGUGGAGGAUGCGGGGAGGUACUCCCUAACUACACAGAAUGAAGCGGGCCAGGCACACUCAGACCUAUUGCUGGAGGUGCGCACACGACCAGGAGAUGUACCGGUCUUCCUACGACGGCUCAAUGACUUAGCUGUCAAGGUUGGCACCCGCACCAGAUUCCUGGUGGAAGUUCGGAGCCCUACUCAAGUUAAGGUGAGCUGGGAGCAGGAGGGCAAGCCUGUGCUGGAAGGGGAAAGGUUCCACCUACUCCAUGAAGGCAGUUUCUUCUGUGUGGAUGUAGCUCCGGUGACACUAGAGGACGCAGGGAUAUGGAUAUGUCGAGCCCACAACUCCAAUGGUGUCUCCAAGUGCUUCUGUCACUUGAAUGUUCUUGUGCCCAAGGCGUACAAGGCACCACAGUUUGUAGAGGAGCUAGUAGCUCUCUUGACACAGCAAGGCACGGUGUCCCUGGAAUGUAAGGUGGUAGGAGUGCCCACACCAACUCUCAAAUGGUUUAAGGAUAACCAAGAGAUCAAGGCAGGAGACGUGUUUGCACUGAGUGCCAACCCUCAGGAUGCAACAUCCUUGGGCACCUACACUUGUGAGGCUACUAACUGUAUGGGCAAAGCUUACUCCACUAGCAGAGUACAUGUGGUGGGUAAAGAGGGGAGUGUACAGCCGGCUGACAGUAUCGUUCCAAGAGGGCCACCUCCGGUGUUCUGCAAAGAACUUCGAAACGAGAAAGCGAAAAUUGGCGGAAAAUUAACACUGGAAUGUAAAGUGACGGUGCCGCCCUGGCCCAAGAGUAUAACAUGGUUCAACAAGGGUGGGUUGGUGGAGGGGGGAGAGGGGAGCCGUUAUCACUUGACUGCAGAUGGCCUGGGCUCCUACAGCGUGGAAGUGGACCAAAUAGAGGCAGUUGAUGAUGGGGACUGGAAGUGUGUGGCCACCAGUGACAAUGGCGUUAAGGGUAUCUCUUCCUGCACCGUCACAGUAUCUUAUCCAAAGAACUACAAAAAGCCCAAGUUCCUGGAGAGUCUCAAGGCUAUCCUGACUGAGGAGGGUUUGGUGUCCUUUGAAUGUAAAGUUGUUGGCUACCCAACACCCCAGCUCAGGUGGUUCAAGGAUGGGCAGGAGCUGAAGCCUGGGGAUGUCUAUCAGCUCACUGGCACUAAUUCUCUUGGCUCGUACUGCUGUAUAGCCAAGAACUGUAUGGGAGAGACAAGUAGCACAGCUGAAUUGACAGUGGAAGAUAUCCAGAGUCAGCUGAAUGAGGAGGAGAGAUUGCAGCUAUUCAGCACCAACCAGCCACCUCGCUUCCUGCAAGGUCUUAAAAGUAUAGAAGCUAAGAUAACUGAUCCUCUCCGGUUCACUGUACAGGUGAGUGUCUCACCUCAGCCAACAGUUGCCUGGUACAGAGAUGAUGAGGAAGUGCAAGAGUCUGAGAAGUACAAGAAGGAGCAGGAGACAAAAGGAAUCUGCCAUCUUGUCAUAAAGAGGCUUGAGUUGGUAGAUCAGGCUGAGUGGAGAUGUGUUGCCACUAAUGACUACGGUCAGAGUGUCACUUCAUGCUUCCUCAAGUUGGCCGUGCCACGACACUACAAGAAACCUCGCUUUCUGGAGAACCUCAGGGCGGUUCUGUCCGAAGAGGGUGCUGUCAAUCUUGAGUGUAAGGUGAUUGGUGUGCCACAACCCACCCUGAAGUGGUACAAGGAUGGACGUGAGCUGAAGCCUGGAGAUAUCCACCGUAUCAUCUCCGGCCAGGACGGCACCUGCUGCCUUGGCACCUAUACUUGUGAGGCCUCUAACUGUAUGGGCAGUGUUUCAAGUUCUGCUUCUCUUCUUGGCUUUGAAGAUCGUGGCCAGGUGAAACCACCAGAGCCUCUGCGUCCACUGCCUCCUCCUGCAGCCCAUCUGGUCCGCCAGACCUCGCUGUCCACAAUACAGGAAGAGCGAACCUCCCAGAUGCAUGACACUACACUGGACGAACGAGCCGAAGUAUCCUUCUCCUUCGAUGGCAAGGAAGUCUCUGUGUCACUAUACGAGACACCAGAUCUCACUGAGGAAGAGGCUCUGCAAGUAGUUGAGAUGUACGCAGAGGAACUGUCUGAGCACAUUUCAGAACACAAUGUUGUGGAGUUACCACCUAUGAGAUUUGUGAAGGAGACAUCAACGUCUGGACAUCUCUUGAUGGAAGCUGUGGUGAUUGACGUCAGUCCAGAAUAUUAUGCGUCUGCAGAGGAUCGAACUGAGGCUGACUUAGAUGAAUUCUCAAUCACCGAGGAUAAUAAUGGCUAUAUGUCUCCAAUGGUUAUAACACCAGAUGAAAUGCCAUUUGAAAAAUUAAGUGCAGACUUCCUUGAACGCACAAUUCAACCUAUCAGUUCAACACAACAAUCUGUUCCCAUUAAACCACCAAGAAAACGAGUUGCUGAUGCUAGCGAGUCAUCAUAUCAUAGUUUCAAAGAGGCUAAAGUCUCGCCAGAAGAAGAUAGUAGUGAACAGUUUGUUGAUGCUUUGAGUUCACAUAGAGAUAAAUCUCAGAAAGAUAGUUUAACCAGUGUCAAGAGUAGUUCGGGAGAUAAACAGAAAGCUGUAAUUGAUGUUGAACCAACAGCUUUGAAAAGCAGUGAUACUAACACUAAGGAAUUGAGAGCAUCUUUAGGAGAAAACAACGGAAAAUUGUCUGAGGGAAAGAAAAUACGCAAAAAAUCAAGGAGCAGGUCAAAGUCCACUGAAAAGCAACCAGAUGCAAUUUCAGAAGAUAACAGUACUGUCUUAAAAGAUCUGAACUUAGAAAAGAAAAGCUUAAAAAGACAAUUGAAGAAAAGGAAAUCAACAGAUUCAGAGAAAGAAGAUGACUCAUUGCGUGAGUUUGAAAAAAGAAAAACUUUAAAGUCUGGCUUUGAACAAGAAGAUCUUCCUAGACAAGCACAAAUAAAAGGUGCAGUAAAGAAAAACAAGUCUUCUGAGUCUGAGAAAGAAGAUGACUCAUUACAAGAAUUUGAGAGCCGUAAAUCGUUGCAAAAAAGUGAAAAAGUUUCUGAAACUAAUAAAACCAAGGGGUAUCACAUAAAACCUGCUUCAGAUUCAUCUGGCAGAGAGGAUGAUUCAUUGAUUGAAUAUGAAAAAAGAAAAAUUUCUAGCGAUGUUUUGUCUGAUAAAGUUACCCAAAAAUCAGAAAGGCAAAAAAUUCCAUUUUCAAAAAGUAUAUCAACAGAUUCAUCUGAAAAAGAUGACGUUUUUGCAAUAAAAAGUGAAACAUCUGAGCAAGUUAAUUUGAGAAAGAAAAGAAAGAAGUCAGUAAAGAAAUCAGGUUCCAUUGAGAAAAAAGAUCAGUCCCAGAAGUCAGAAAUUGAAGUACCUCCUUCAUCAGAAGCUGAAUCAGUAGAUCGUGAACCACUCAAAGGUAAAAAAGUUGUUAGUACUUCAGACCUUGACAGAAUGAGAAGCACUUCCGAUCUAGAAAGUAUAGGUGAUAAAUCAAGAGCCCAGGAGGAAGAAGAACAUUCAGCAGAUUUUGAUACUGCAGAGGAUAGUGCCUAUGACAAAAGUGAAAUGUCGGUUUUAGAAUCCCUAACCCAUUCUGUUCAAGAAAUACAAAAAGGUUUGAUGGCUGUGGGAGAAAAAAUUAUUUCUGAAUCUAGUGAAGAACCACAAUCAGCUAAAUCUAGUUUGUCUAUAAUAGAAUCUUUAGUACAACCAAUAAAUGAGAUUCAGCAGGGACUUGUAAAAGUGGAAAAGAUUGCUGAAGAAAGAAAAGCUGGACAAUACUCUCCAAGCUCAAUAUUAGAGACACUCAAAGAACCCAUCCAAGAAUUGGAAAGAAAUUUAGCAGUUAUUGAACAACAAAAUAUCCUAGAUAGCAAAGAGCUGACACUGUUUAAAAGAACAAGCCAAUCUGUUUUGGAAACUGUAAGUCAGCCUUUACAUGAGCUACAUAGGGAACUUGCUUUCAUUCAACAACAAGCUGUGAUUGAAACUGGCGAAGAAACUUAUUCAGAAAUACUCCAAUCAUUCAAACCUUCUUUAUUGAUAGUCCAGGGUGGUGUAGAACACACUGAAGGAGAAUUCUCUAGUAAAUUGGAUGAUCUUACUGAAAAAACAACUAUUCCACAACCUACUUAUGCUCAGUCAGUUGUAGAACUACAAACCGAAGUUCAUAACACGGAUCAAAAUCUUUUGCAAAACACUGCAGUACAGAGUGAGUCAUUUGUUCCUCUUACUGUACAAGAUAUAGAAGAAAGUUUAGCAGAUUCAAUAAUAAGUCAACAAUCAUUGCAUACUAUUAAAGAUUCCAAUUUACGCAAUGAAUUACAGAUGCAUUCCCUUGCCCUGGAAUAUUGCACUACAUCUUUAAAAGAAAAAGCACAUCAUACAACUGAUAAUGAAAUAAAGGACAUAUUAACUUUAACAUCAAAUUUGAUAGCUCCACUGGAACAGUUCAGAACUGUUAUCGAAAGAUGCUUAUUGACUGUUGUGGAAGAUGACCAAUCAAUAGAUCCACAAUUGAGAGCCGCAAAUUUGGCAUUGAAUACAGCUUUAAGGCACUCUAUUCAUGCUUUUGGAAGCAGUGUCAAAUUAUUAGAAAUUGUUGCUAAUUCUAAUUCAAACAAAGAAAUACGUGGCCUAGGGAUUCAGAUGCUUUACAAACUAUCAUUUCCUUUAGAAGAACUCACGACUACCAUAAAGCUAGUUGAAAAUUUAUCAGAGCAUACUUCAGUCGAAUUACUAACUACACCAGUUGAACAUUUAAUGAAUGCUUCAUCUAUUAUUAAACCGGAGUUAGCAAAAACAGGAUUUGCAGAAAAUGUCUCUGAAGAUGGUGUAAUUAUCAUCAGGGAACUGAAUGACACUGUUGGAAGUCUAUCCAACUCUCUGCGCUCAAUGACAAAAUCCUUGAAAACUUACAGUUCUCUUAGUUCACUGUAUUCUCUAUGUAAACCGUUAGCUGAUUUACAGAAGACUUUACAUAAGACAGAAAAUAAAAUUAAGAUGCCAGAGAAAUGCAAAAAUUUGAACAGCUCUGAGUUAUAUAAUCUUGCUCAAGAUUUGUGUAAACCUUUGCAGGCUAUUAGAACAGAAUUGUCAUUGGCGCAGCACGAGAUUGAACUCGAUCAGUAUGGUCAUCUCUCUUUAAUGACUGAUCCUUUACAGGAGGUAAAUCCUGAGUCAGCAUCAGCUAUUGUACUUAAAUCUUUAGAUCAAGUUCAUAAAAGCGUUUUAAGUUGCACAGAAUUUGUUUUGUCAAAGUCUUUAAAUGAAUCAUCAUAUUUAAGAUUUGUACUUUUUGCCUUGAAUGAAUUGAUUCUUCCUUUUAACCAACUGAACUCAAGUAUUAUAAAAACCGAAGAGUUGGUCUCAAAAGAUAUAUCUAAACUUCCAGAACCCACUACAGGUAUCCAAGCAGUUAAGUCAUCAGCGAGUGAUCUUUUAGCUGAAUUAGCUGAAUUGCAACGUCACUCAACCACAUGUUUGUCUCUACCAGAGACCGCUGUGAUUGAAGUACUUUGUAGAAUGGCAGAACCAUUAACACAAGUUGAAGGUGGAUUAAAUAAAAUAAUUGAAAACAUUCACGAAAAAGACAAGGACAGUCUAAAUAUUAAUAUGUUGAAGACCUUAGCUGAACCAUUCAAAUGUCUUCAAAAGUCAUUAAUUAAUAUUUCGGAUAAACUUGACUCUCAAAUCAUUUCCCAUGAAAUAUUUUUAGAACUGAAACAACCCAUCCAAGAGCUUCAGAGAAGUAUUUUAAUCAUUCAGGACCAAGUAUCAUUUGAGUAUGGUGAUGAGCCAGCAACAAUGGAAUCAAACAUUGUAACUUUACAGUCUCUUGUACAACCCAUGAACGCUCUCAAGAAGCAAUUUUUAGAAAUUGAUGGAUUACUGGCUGAUAAGACUCAAUCAUCUUCAUAUUCAAAAGAAAAUAAAAACUUACAUUCCAUUAUUAGGGUGAAUCAUGAACUGCAGCUCAAAAUAUCAUCAAUAAUGAUCCAAGAAAACUACCUUAACAAACAUUCCUUAGACAGCUUAGAUAUGUUUCCUAUUUUUCAAGAAUUGUCUGGGCUAUUAAAAGAUUUUGAAAAUGCUUUGAAGAGAGUAGAUCUCAUUUGCCAAAAUGAGUCAAAGCCGGAUUCUCUAUUUCAUAUUAAACUUAUUGAAUCUGUAAAUUCCUUUAGAAGUGAUGUGAUAAACUUUCAGAAUAGAAUAGUACUGGCAUCUAACAAAGCUAUAAAAGAUGUAAAGCAUCCUGUUCAUUGUCUAAAAAAAGGUACAGAAACAUUUUUAUCCAAACUUUCAUCAAAUGUUAACAUAUUAAUGAACUGCAAGUUAGAUGAAUCAUCAUUAUCAUCAGGCUAUUUUGUAUUUUGCCAAAACUGUUCCACUACCUUUGUUGAUCUAUUAGAAUACUUAUCACAUAUGGAAAGCACAUGGGAAGGUGAACUAUCAUUUAAAGAAGAUAUGAACAGAGACAUCACUGAUAUUUCUUCAGCUUCAUUUAGUGAUACAAUUAAAGAUGUAAAUACGAUUGUUGAUGAUAUUACUGAGACAAGAGUUUCUUUACAAUCAGCAAACAUUCCCUUAAUUCACUCAGCAGCAUUAAUCCAAGUGACUCAAGAAUUACAAACAUUUUGUGAUUCAUUAAAAACUGCUGAAGAAGCUCUUCUUGAGAACACAUUGGAUAAAGUUAAUUCUUCAAUUAGUAAUAAAAAACAAGACAAACAGGCAUUAGUAAGUGCAUUUAAUGCUAUGAAAGUUCAACUUGAAAAAAUCGAAACUUAUCUUACAGACAAUCAUGAUGCAUUGGAAUCAAUUAGUCAUUUAAAGUACAGCUUAGAAGUAGUUCAGGAACAUUUGAUGUUUGGAGAAGAAGUAUCAGAAAUAUACAUUUUACAAAAUUUAAGUGGUCCUUUGAAAACAUUUAAAGAUACGAUUUCUAAAGAUUCACCUGUGACCACAUCUGAAAUUAAAGAACCAGAGGCUGUUUCUUUAUGUCUAGAACGUUUUGAAAAAUCUGCAUCAGAUUUGGAGUUAGGUUUAAUGAAGUUGGAGCAUGCUUUAUUGAACUCAACUGGUGAUUUUUCCAGUCUGAAAAAUGUUGAUAUUGAUGUGUUGGCUCAUCCAAUUGAAGAACUUGUACAAUACAUCCAUAAUAUUGAAGAACAACAAAAUUCUUUGCACAUCUCAGAAUCAGUUGCAGAUCAAUCAAGUUUAACCAUGCUGAAAACUCUUGCUUUGCCAAUUAAGGAAAUCCAAGAGGGAGUUUUACAAAUACAAGAACAAAUUAUUCUUGAGUCAAGUGGUAAUGGUAUCCCUGGAAAGUCGUGUGCUGGCAUUCUAUAUGAAAUAGCAAAACCAAUAAGAGAAUUGAGAAGUGGAGUAGCAUUGAUUCAAGAACAAGUGGUUAUGGAAGCUAACAUGGAGCUGUUAUCAGAAGACACAAAAGCAUCAUCAUUGAAAACACUUGCUGUGCCUGUUGAAGAACUAAAGAAAGUAUUGUCAUCAAUUAUUGAGCAACAAACGCUUUUGAUUGAGCCAGAUUUACAGUCUUUAUCUGAAAACAUAUCCAUUUUAAAAACAAUUGCAGUCCCUGCUAAAGAAUUGCAAAAUAAACUAGCUUCAAUUGAAGUAAAUCAGAUUAUGGAAGGUAAUGUAGAAUCGUUUUCAGCUAAGGAGAAUUUAGUAAUGCUUGCUAAGCCCAUUCACAUUCUUCAAGAAAGCAUUGCACUAGUUGAAAAUCAACUUGCUCUGGAAACCCUUGGUGAUGAUUUGUCAGUUAAAACCAAUAUAUCACUAUUAAAAAUGGUUGCUAAGCCUUUACAAGAAGUUGCAAAGCACAUUGCCAUAAUAACUGAACAGCAAUUUGUAGAGGAUGUUAACUCAGAAGACAAUACAUUAUCAGAUUUCUCCACUUUAGCGAAUGUUACAGAUAUCUCAAUGGUAAGUGCAGUACUAAAUAUUAACGAAAAUUUGGUAUUGGAACAAGGAGUAUCGUUUAAGGCUGAUUUUCCUGAUUUAAAUAUGGCAGAAGCUGUAAGAGGAAAUCAAUUAAAUAUAGCAGUAAUUGAAGAGCAGCAAGCUCUAACAGAUGUUGAAAAUACAUCAGAAAGUAACUUAAGGAUAAGACUAGAAAAUAUUGACCAUGGAAACUUGGCUUCAGUUAACGAGAAAGAGGUUUGUUCACCAGUAGUAGCUAUUCAACAAACAGUAUCACAAGUAGAAACCUUCUCUGUAAAUGAAUCAAAGACAUUACAGUUAGCAGAAGUUCAAGAUGUUUCUUGUAAUUUUGCUGUUCAAGCAGAAACUCAAGAAGUUUUAAUACCUGCUGGUAAUCUUACUAUUGAAAAGCCUCAGUUUGAAUCAGGAAUUAAACAAGACAGUUCUUUAAAAAUGGCAGUUCAGGUGGAAACUCAAGAAGCACUACUUCAUGAUAAAUCUCUAACAUGUGAUGACAGUGUGCAAGUUAAGAAUGUUGAAAUGGAAUUUGAGCCUGCAUUUGUUUGUCAGGGUGAACUUCAACAGUCUUUAGCAGACGUUGAAAGUUUAGAAACAGAAGAAGAAACAUUGAAAUCUAUUAGCAUUGAAGAAUCAUCAUUUAUGAUUGAACCUCAAGUUAACAUUCAACAGGUUUUAUCAGAUGCUGAGAGCUUUAUAUUAACAGAUAAGACUUCCCAUGUUGCAGAAGUUAAAAAAGACAUUCAAACUGGAUUCCAAAAUGAAAUUCAACAAAUCCUAUCAACUGAAGAAAAUUUAAAAACAUUUAAAAAAUCCUCAGAUUUGGCAUCUGUAGUAGAAACAACACCAAUAAUUGCAUUAGAAGCUCAUAUACAACAAGCUAUGUCUAAUGUUGUUGAUUUAAAAAGUAAAGAAAAUGUUUAUAGUCAAGCAAAUACACAAGAAACUUUGCUGGAAGGAGCAGUUCAAGCUGAGUGCCAGCAAGUUUUAUCAAAUAUAGACAGCUUAACUAGUGAUUCAGGCAUAGCACGACAUUCCCAAGCUGUUACAAUGGAAGAAGGUUUCUGGGAACUUCCAGUCCAAUCCCAGAUUUUAGAAUUUAUGUCUGUUGCAGGUGUAAUACAAGAUAUAAAAGAGGAACUAAAAGCAAAAAUUGAAAACGAACCUUUUUAUGGUAAAGCUGUUCAACAAGAAGUCCAAGAAUUAUUAACUGCUGCUGAAAGCAUUCAAUCAAUCAAGGAGGCAUUACAGGUAGUUUGUGUAGAAGAACCAGCACUUCAUACAGCAACCCAAUCAAAAGUACAGGAUAUUUUAUCAACUCAUGAAGGUGUUCAAAAUUUAAAGAAAAUAUUGGAUGGGAAACGUGUGGAAGAGCUGAAAAAGUGUGAAAGUCUCAAUGUUGAAUUGCAGCAAAUUAUAUCAACUGCUCAGAGUUUAGAUAACCUGAGACAGGCAAUAUCAUUAAAUAAUGCUCGAACUGAGCCUCAUCAAGUUUUGUCCCCAAAUGACAUUUCUAAAACUGAAAUAUUACAAGAACCAUUGUAUCGACCUAAUGAAACAGUUACAGAAAUUGUUCCAGAUCAUGCUGAUUUAAAUAAAAUGACAGAAAGAGAAGUUUUAUCUGAUACAAAUAGUUUUAUAAUCAAAAAAACUUUUAAUGAAGAAGCUACUCCUCAAUUUGCAGAGGAAACUGAAGUUCAGGAAUUAAUUUCUUUGACAAGCAAUAUAAAGACUACAACAGAAGCAUUAAAGGCUAAAAUUAGCACCGAGCCAACCCUAAAAUGCAUUGCUCAGAAAGAAUUUCAGCAGAUAUUUAAUAUUGCCGAAGAAAUACAAUCUAUCAAUGAAGCUCUCCAAGUGGCAUCUGUUGAGAAACAAACUGUUGAUGUAGCAACUGAAAUAGAAAUUCAACAAAUUGUAACUGCUUGUGAAAGUUUGAAAACUAUAGAAGAAACUAUUAAAGUUCAAUCUGGAAAAGAACUAGAUAUUAAGACAGCUAUUCAGAAUGAACUGCAGCAGAUUUUAUGUUCUGCAGAUGCUGUACAAAGUGUUAAAAAAGCAUUAGCAAGCCAAACAUAUGUUGAAACACUUAAUGAAAAAGUUGUCGUUCUUUCUCAAGUUUGUCCAUCAAAUACAAGCUUACAAAACGUAGAAGUUUCUCAGGAAAAUGUCAUAAAAGAACAAGUAGACGCAAAAUAUACCUUAGAACUGAAACAUGAUAUUUCACUAAAAGAACAUAGUGUUGAUGAAAACGUUACGUCUAUGAUUGAAGAAGAUCUGAAAAAAUCAUCAGAAUUCGCAAAAGUUCAAGAAACAGUUUCAAGUGAUACUAGUUCAAGUACAGAACAUGCUUCAGAAAAGGGCAUGUGUUCAGAUGUGCCAUUAAUAAUUAAGAAAGAAGAAGCUACCUUUAUAUCUCAACAAAUAGAUAACACUUCAGUAGAGGUUUGUAAGAGUACAACAGAACCUCAACUAGUAAUUGAAGAAGCGUUAACCUCAACAGAUAGAAAAGAUUCUUUGGAAAUACUACCAUUAUCAGAUAAAGAUAAUACUCUGACAAGUAUUCCUUUGAUCGGAGAAGAAUGUUUUACUGAAGAAUCAAAAGUUUUGGAAGUUCAAGAAACUUUAGUUGAUGAUGCUAGCUCCAAAAGUUCAGAAAAUACUCUGAUUAAAGUCGAAACCUUGGAAGUAACAUCCACAGACAAAAGCUCUAUUACUCAAAAAGCAGAAAUUAACACUUUAAAGGAGGAACAAAGUGUUAUUCCUGAGACUGUGAAAGAUAUCAAAUCAGGAAUUGUGAAAGCUGUUUCCUCAGAAAAAAGUACAGAACCUGAGCUUACGCUAUCAUUAGCUGAUGAAGUGGGUACGCCCACUAGAAUUCCAUUGCUUGCAGAAGAAGCUCUUACAAAUAUAAGUGAUAUCAGUUCAAAAAGUACAGAAAAAUAUUUGAAAAAGGUUGAGCAUUCAGACUUAGCAUCCAUAGAUAUAAAUGACAAAAGUAAACCUAUUAUUCAAAAAGAAGAUGUCUAUACUUCUAAAGAGGAUCAUAGUAUUAUUCCUGGGAUUGUGCAUGACACCAAAUCUGGAAUAGGAGAAUUAGAUCCCUCAGCACAAAGAAAGGAACUUGGUAGUGUACUGAUGGUAACUGAUGAAUUGUGUACCACAACAAGUGCUCCUUUAAUUCCAGAAAAAGAUCUUUUAGAAAUAUCAGAAGUUUUGAAAGUUCAAGAAACUGUGAUUAGUGAUACUAGUAUAAUAAGUACAGAAAAAAGAUUUAACAAAGAGUGAGCUUCAAAUGUAGGUAAGGAUGAGCUUUCGGAUGAGACAAAACCUCAUUCAAUAGUUAAAGAUUGCAUUUCAUUGAAAGACAGCACAAAACUUGAGAAGCUACAAUCAUCAUCUGAUAAUAAUCACACUCAUAAUAAGGAUUUGACUGACAGAAAACCAUCUACAGAAAUGGCAAAAACAACAACAGUUCAGGACACUAGCAAUACUGAUACCAAGUCUGAAAGUAUAGAAAAGUCUUCUCAAAAGGAUCAACGGUCAGAUGUGGCAUUCAUGGAUAAAAAGCAUGACAAUAACAAUGAAGACAUCUUUACUUCAAAAGAUGGUGAAAACCUUAUUAAGAGUGUAAAAGAAUCACAAUUAGGAACUCAAGAAUCGGUUACCUCAAAAGACAGCAAAACAUUUGUUCAUUCAUUAUCAUCAUCAGAUAGAGACUUUUCCUCAUUGACAAGCUCUCAAGUCCAAAUUGAAACACAAGUUGUGAGUGAUGAUAGUGUAGCAUUGAUAUCAGAAACCAAAGCAGUCACUAAUUUGCAAAACCAAUUCCAUAUUGAUGUUCAGGAAGCACAAGCUUUAGAUUUUGAGAAGAAAACAGAGCAGGAACUAUCAAUUUUAUCAGAUUUUACAGAUGUACCUUCUUCUGAAAGCAUCACUCAUUCUCAAAAACAGGAUUUGGAUAGUACAGAAAAAAGUAAAUGCUCGAAGGAAGGUUUGGAAGAAAAAGUUACCUUGAGCGAUUCAAUCAAACACGCUGUGCAAAUUGAAACCCAGCAGACUUUUGAUACGAACGAAACAACUGCAUUGAAGAAAGGAAGUUUGCCUAAGGGAGAUCAUUCUCAAACAGUUUAUGUAGGCAAAUCACCUCUUGCAAUUGCUUAUUAUAAUGACGUGCAAGAGGUGUUAUCAGCAGUUGAUUACUUAGAUGUUGCUACAGAGACUCUUAAAUCACUGAUUGUUCAAGAAUCACAUUUAACUGUUGCCCUUGAGUCUGAAAUACAACAAUUUCUACUUACUACAGAAAAUCUGAUGACUUUUAAGGAGAAUCUUCAAGCUAAAGUGGUGGAUGAACCACUUCUUUUAGCAUCAGUAAAUACUGAAUUCCAACAGAUUUUAAGUGCAGUUGAGUCCCUGAAGGGUGUAAAAGAAACAAUGCAAGCAAAGUGUGCCUUAGAACCAAAUCUACCUGUAGCACAAAAUGCUUUACCACAAAUAUUAUUAACAACUCAACAGCUAGAACAUAUAUGUGAAACCAUUGAAGCUAAAAUGUCCCAAGUUCAAAUCACUGAAAUAGCAGCACAAACCGAAAUCCAAGAAUUAUUAGGUAGUGUUCAAAAUUUGGAGAAGGGUGAAGUCAAAGAAGUAACUAGUAUGCUUACAAGUUCACCUAAUUUAAAAAUUGCAGCACAAGUUGAACUACAACAAAGUUUAUUUUCAACAAAAGAAGUGCAACAUGCAAUGGAUAACGCAAAAGCUUCAUGCACACAUGCCCCAUGUAUUCAAAUAUGUGCAAAAAAGUCAGGUGUUGCUAGCUUUACUCCUGACAGUAAAACAAUUACCAAGGAAGAAGAAACGGUAGUUGAAAAAGUUGUACUAGAUCGAACAGUGAAAGGAACGUCUGACAUUAAAGACCUUAAAAAUGUUGAAGAAAAUACUACUUCUAUAAAUCUCAAAAUUUCAGAAACAAACUUUAUGAAAGAAGAAGAUAAAACGCCUGAAAAAGUUGAAGAUACUCAUAAAAUAAAAAUUACAGAAGAACAUAAACCUGAGAAAAGUGUGAUUAAAACUUCAAACCAAUUGAAUACAUCAGAUCAAACGAUGGUUCUUACAUCAAAAGAAUCAGAAAUUGAAGACCAAAACCAAGCAACAGUUCCUAAAGUAGUAGAAAAAGAUGAUCUUAAGGAAACAUCUUGGACAAGUGAUAAAUAUCAGGAAAAUGCCAAAGGAAAACCUGCAGACGACAUUAAAACCGCGGAGUAUAUUACUGAAAGUAAAUUUGAAAAAAAUAUAAAAAUUGAUAAAGUUCCUAUAGAAAGUAUAGCACAAGUGGUUUCAAAUAAAGAAAUAAGCUAUGGAAGUGAAGAAAACAUAAAGCAUAUAGAUAUUGAAAAAGAUAAAGAUUUUGGAUCGGAAUUUAAACCUGUAGGUUUAAAUAAUACAACUGAGAUAAAAGUAGAGCCGUCCUUGAUUGAAAUAAACAGGAGCAAACUAAAUGAAGAGAUCAGAACUAUUCAAGAUAUAUCAAAGACUAAUGAGACUCAAGAAGUUAAAAGUAAAUAUAUUGAUGAAAACAUGAAAACAAAUGAUGCUACUGAAAACAAACAUUCUGACAAUAUAAAAAGAACAGAAAGCUCUCACCCACAACCUCCUAAAGAAAUUCACAUAGCAUAUAAAUCUCCAGUGAAUGAAUUUGAAAAGAAAGAUAAUAAAAUUGAACAGGAAAUACCUCCUGUUCCAAUAACACAAACUGUUGAUGUAGCAUUGGAUUUGGAAAAAGAAAAUAAGGUUGAAAUGGAUUUUGUGAAGGAACCAAUAAAAUUGGAGCAAGAAAACAAGGAAACCAAAAAGGUUUCAAAGAAGAAAAAGAGUACCAAUCUUCAGGAUCGUUCAAAACCAAAAGAGGAAAUUGCAAUGGAAAAUAUUAUGAAGGAAAAUCAAGUUACAGAUUCUGAAAUUUCUAAACUGGUAGAAGAUUGUAAUGUUUCUACAAAAUCAGGAACAGGAAAAGAAGAAUCAACGAUAAUUGAAGAAGAGAGAACUUACCAGGAUAGUAAAGUAAAAAGCAAUACACACAUAAAUAUAUUGAAGGAUAACUGUAGUUUAGAUACUGCCAAUCAAGAAGAGAUAUUGGAAAUUACAUCAGUAAUCAAAGAUACAACGGAAGAUAGUGAAAAAAUCAAAACGAGUAAUAAACUUGAAAAAGUAAAACAAACCAUUAAUGAAAAGGAAACUAAAAUUAAAGAUGAAAGUUUAAUUACUGAGACAAUAGAAAACAUAAUUAAAGAAUCUGAAACUAUUAAAACUGGGGAAAAUCUUAAAGAGUCCGAUAUUGAACGUAAGGAUGUGAGUGUAAAUAUAAAAUAUGAAGAUGUUAAUGUACUUAAAGAUACAGAAGAAUCUAUUAAAAUAAAAAAUACAGAUGAAACAAAGAUUGUUGAUGUGGAUGUAAGUAUAAAAAGUAUUCAUGACAGAGAAAAAAUUACUAAAACUGAGUCAUCAAAAGAACUUCAAAGCUUAAACACUGAUUUACAUGAAACACCAAAAACGAUUGAGAAGAAUGUCGAACAUAGGGAACAGACCAAAUAUGAAAUGGAAAAAGGAGUUAAGGAGCAAAAUGAACUGAAAAAGUUGGAACUUGGAACUCAAGGAUGCCUAACCCCUACAGAAAUACAUAAUGAUAAACACAUAGAAAAAGAAAGUGUAACUCAGGUUGAAAGUGAAAAAUUAACACAACUUAAGAUGGAAGAAUUAAACAAAGAAUCUACACAACCAACAAUUGAAGCAGACAUUGAACUCAGAUCUUCAGAAAAACCUAAAUAUGAAGUGAAAGCAACAUCAGACAGGAAGAAAAGCAAAGAUUCUACAGCAUUAACAAAAACAAAAGAUAAUACAGAGGAGGUAGAAGAUAUAAAGAAAAUUAAAUCUGUCAAACAAAAGAAAAAGAGCAAAGAUGCUGUAAGUGUGUUCAAGGAUGAAGGAAAGCCUGAUCAUAAAAGUGCAAAUGUAUGUGACACCUUGGAAGUUAAAACAUCAAAGCAGCCAGAAGUAUCUGAAGUAACUACUAAAAGUGAAAUCUCAGAAUCUGUAAAAGAUAAAAACGAAGACAUACAUGGCAAGAAAAAUGAUGUCAAGAAAGUCGAAACUUCUAAAGAAACUCAAAAGAGAAAAGAAAGCAUCAAAAAACAAAAAUCUGAAGUGAAAGAAACAGAGGACAAAAUAAAAUUAUUGGAUGUAACAGAUUCUGAAAAAAUUAUUGAAAAUGUGAAUGUUGAACAAUCUUUCAAUACUAAUAAAUACCCUGAUAUGCAUGUUUCUGAAAAACCCAAAGAUAUUUCCACUAUAGAAGGAGAAGUUAGUGAUAUCAACAAUAAAUAUAAAGAAGAAUAUUCAUCUUUGAAAAAUAUGAAAGACAAUGUUGAAGUACAUCAGAAAACCAAGACUCCUGAGAGAACUGGUAUACCUGACAAAGUCAAACACAUGAAAGGGGGAAAAUCGAUUAAAGCCAAUGAAGAAAAAAGCCAAGAUACUAAUUCAAAAUUAUCAGGGGACACAUUCGUUUCUGAUGUAAAACGUGAUGACAGUGAUCCUAUAAAAAAGAAAUAUAAUAAUGUUGAAGAUCAAAAUGUAACUAUUAGAAGAUCUAAAAUAUCGGUACCUAGUCCAAAAGGCGAAGAAAAAGAAAAAGAGUAUAUUCAGUCCAGCGAUAAAAUACAAACAAAACAGAGGUUAUUUGUGGACGAAAGUUCAACAUCAGAUUACAGCUCUGAAUCGUAUUCAGAGUCAUUCAAAAUCAAGAAAAGUCAAAGUUAUGACACUCGGCAAUGGAUGUAUGAAUCUGAAAGUAAAAAAGAGGAAUCAGAAGGAAGCCAAUUAGUAAUAACAAAGAAACUUACAGAAAAGAAGUACGAAACACCAAGUACAAUCUUACAUGAGAAAAGCAGUUAUCAGCGCCAGCGACGUCAGACAACCAGCAAGCCUGUGUUCUGUGGCCGACUGGUUGAUCGUACAGCAGCUCAAGGUUCCAAACUCAAAGUGACUUGCAGUCUCACCGGCAGCCCUGAACCGACUGUUCAGUGGUACAAGGAUGGUCAUCUUAUUAGUGCCGUCCAAGAUCCUAGACUCCACAUGAGAUUAUCCAAUGGACUGGCCAGUCUGGAGAUUACCGAGGCAACUUUGGGAGACUCCGGGAAGUACACUUGUGUUGCUCGUAAUGCUAGUGGAGAAACCUCAACAACUUCCACCAUCAAGAUAUUUUCAUACAUAGAGUCUGCUCCAGAGGCCCCAGUCUUCACACAAGCUGUCAAAGAUCAAUACAAGAGCUCAUCAGAUGAGUUGGUUAUCGAGUGCAGAGUGAAGGGUCAUCCAUUACCAUCUGUAACAUGGCUCAAGGACAGUCAGCCACUCAGAAUCGCUUCCCGCUACCAGCAGAGUGUGCUGACGGAUGGCACUUGUCGUCUGGUCAUCCACGGUCCAGAGCCCAGCGAUUCUGGCCUUUACAAGUGUGUGGCAGAGAACUUGGUGUGGUCAGAGCAGACUUCAGGCUUCGUCAUGUUUGAAGGUAGAGAAAAACAUCUGGCUGCCAGUAGAAACCUCACAGAUACCAAGGUGCCUCGCUUCACCAACAUCCUAUCAGACCAUGUUGUGAGGGAAGGUGGUACUGUUGCACUUCAGGUUGCCAUCAAAGGGACACCCAAGGCGGAGGUGACUUGGUAUCGUAACUCGGAGCCCCUGCCCAAGAAGUCCUCACGGUUCCGCUACCUGGAGGAUGGAGGUGUGUACUCGCUGGUGAUGAGUGACGCUAGCAUCACUGAAGCUGGAACCUACACGUGUAGAGCUAGCAACAUGCAUGGCUACCGGGACACUAGUGUUAAUGUACAGAUAGUGGGUGGAGCUCGGGGCAAGCCUGCCAUGUUUGUCAGCCGCCCAGACACUAGCAUGAACAUUGCAGUGGGCGAGGACAUCACGAUUUCCUUCCGUGUCACUGGAGACCCCAAACCCAGAGUAACCUGGAUGAAAAACAUGAAGGAUAUCACCAACAACAUCCGGACACUGAAAGAAACUGUCAAUGAUUAUGUUCGCCUGUCACUGAAACAUGCCACCAUCAUGGACUCUGGCACUUAUUUCAUUACCGCCAAGAACAUUUAUGGGACGGACCAUGCCUUUGUCACUGUCAGGGUAAGACAGAGGGCUCGAUCCCUGACGCCCACUCGAUCCAUCUGGAGUGGUCCCGACACUUCCACGCUGCUACGAGAUAUCCAUGAAUCUACCAGAGCUCUCGUCAAUGCAUGGGCUCACAUGGAGGGUAUGAGGAGGGGUGGAUGUCAGAGCUAUAUUUACCCAGUGUGUGACGGUGGGCCGCGUACGAUGGUAGUGAGAGAUGACAACCCGCUGCAGGUACUCAGGCAGAGAUGGGCCGCUCGCGACUGCCUUGCAACUGUCAGCGACUUCCUUCUCUACCUUACUGACUGUCAAGAUGUGCCUGGACCAGUGGCCAGUGAGGCGACUGUGAGUGAUUCUGGCAAGAACUGGGUAAGUCUGACAUGGGGGAAGCCAGAGAACCGAGGGGCAGCCCCUGUCCUAGCAUACCGAGUAGAGGCCUGGCUGCUUGGCUCCGAGGGAGGUGCUCACUGGAACGAGCUUGGGGUGACGCCGAUCAACAGUUUUGAUGCAUUCUUCCUGAAGCCCGGUAGUGAGUACAAGUUUCGUAUCACAGCAAGGAACCGAUACGGGUGGGGGGAGUCUGUGACAUCUACAGAGUCUGUGACUAUCGGCAGUGCCAGUAACUAUCCACCAGAUAUCCUGCGCGAUUUGCCAGGACCUCUCAAGGCUCUCCAGGGUGACAACAUAACACUGGAGUGUGAGGUGGGAGGGGACCCACCACCGUAUGUUCAGUGGCUGCGAGAUGGACAGGAUGUGGGAACGAUAGCUGCACUUCAAGGCAGAGUGUUUGUGUCUGACAGUCAGCUCACACAUCGCCUCAUCGUCAAGCAGCUGAUCGAGGAUGACUCAGGACGCUAUGUCUGCGAGGCAGUUAACAAAUUGGGUCGAGCCUCCACCUAUGCUCGGUUGCUGGUUGUCUCUGACCCCCGUCUAUUGGAGGCCGACCGGAAAUUGAAAGAGAAUCUGGUGGAGAACCAAGAGUCAGCUCCCCAGGUUACCAUGAGAUUGAGAGACCGCAGGGUGCAGGCUACAUACCCUGUGCGCCUGAGUUGUCAGGUGGUCGGCAACCCUACACCUACUGUCAGUUGGGCCCACCAGGGCAAUCCCAUCUCUCCUGAUGAUCGCCACCAACUGGUAGCGGAGGCAGAUCACUUCUAUACACUGGAGAUUUGUCGCACAGUGCUGGAGGAUGGAGGUCAAUACACGGUGACAGCCCAAAAUUGUCUAGGAGCAGUGAGUUGUCACUGUCAGUUGACCGUAGACAAGGGUAUCCGAGCCUACGUAGCGCCGGACUACACCUCAGAGCUAGAGUCUACGGUUUCAGUACGGGAAGGAUCAGAUUUGCAUAUCUUCGCCCAAGUAGAGGCUUAUCCUACAGUCGGCAUUGCCUGGCACAGGGAUGGAGUGCGGCUUAGACCGAGUCGUCGGCUAGUAAUGACAGUGGACUGCGAGGGCCGACUACAGUUGUCUUUGGCCGGCAUAACAGCUCGUGAGGCUGGCUUGUACUGCUGUACUGCUACGAAUGCUGUGGGCCGAGCUCAGACCUCCUGUCAAGUUAUUGUUACCAGUGGCACUACCCCGAUCACUGCCAAUCUGCCAGCCAUUCUGGCACCCUCAGUCCCGUACUCAAAGGAACCCAGAUUUGUGACGAAACCCCGUUCCAGUGAAGCAGUAGAAGGGGAGACAGUGGUGAUCAACUGUGAAGUGGUGGGAGACCCUCAGCCCGAUGUCAUGUGGCUUCGAGAUUGGUUGAAGAAGAAGUUAAUGGAAAACCACGAGGAACCUUGGGUCUGGCGCGGCUACAGCGGCAACAGCGGCGACGAGCGAGAGAGUGGAGUGGCAGCCGGCCAGCUCGGCUCAGCUUGCCGGUAAUUGACUGCCCAAUAUGGCCAUAUUUGGCGGAUUUCCGCGACCGCGUCGCCGAGAAUCUCUCCUCACCUCUCGGCGAGCGGGUCAAGGCGCAGCAGGAGCAGCCUCGUCCCCCGCGACAUUUGGUCGCGGUCCCGGUCCAUCGUGUCUACUGGGCGCCAUACAGGAGUCAUAAUCUUGGUGGUCGACGAGAAUCUUGGAUGCUAAUCUUGCCGACGAGAGCAAUAACGUACGCCGUGGUUAGAUUUAAUUGAAACCUCUGGAAGUCAAAAGCUUAUGGAUCAGAAAACAGUUGAUAGUUACAAAAGUCACAAACGUGUAAUUUAUGUCAAAGAACUGUUAAAUUGUAUGUUAAUAAAGUUAGAUUAAAUCGUGUAUACAAUUAAA